AUGAGUUCCAACACAUAUAAGGGCGGUCUGUCUGUUGGCGGCUCGGCUCUCGACAAGUCGAAGUUGCAACUGCGUCGUCCAACCCCUGAUAGCGAUGUCUUGGCGUCCAGCGACGAUGACCGAGAGCACGUGGCAGUGCCCGUUCGACAUGCACCUGGUACAUACCCCCUUGCAGUUCGUCGUCCUUCCUCUGGUUGGCUGCAGGAUAUACAGCCAAAUCGGAAGUUCUCGCUCCCUUCUGUGUCGUUUGCCGGCUCGCAGCCAACCACGCCGUCCCUCGAGCUUCCCCAGCAGUCACGGCCCAGCACUUCAUCAUUCCCCUGGAAUACCCCGAGCUUCAGCGGCUUAGUCAACAGCCGUUCGAAGAACGAGAUUGCUCCUUCCCCCACCUCUGCUUUUCCCCCCACCGACAACAAGCCCAUUCCCUCCCCCACAACUAUUGAAGGCGACGACGGCAACGGUAUUGGUUUUCUUCUAAACCAGCAAGCACCAAACCCCUUCCGCAAGGCCGUCCGAUCUCAAUCCUAUAGCAUAGGACAAGGUGACAUCGAGCACAGUCCUGUCAGCCGUUUCUCGCGCAAUCCUAACACCAGUGCCAAUCUUCGUCAUCGCCCGUCCAAACCGAGCCUUCUUGGUGAGUCUGCUGUCGGCCUCUCACAGCUGCGUGAAGACGAAGCCGACGAGAUCGAGUCGUCCAACGGCUCAGAGCACGGAGUCCGUCUGCCUGCCGGUUACUGGGAACGUGAACAGAAGCAAGCCUUACUCAAACAAGCCGCGAUGGAGAACGCACGCGCUCGCAGCCGAGCUACCUCUACUGGCUCUCCUGUCAAGCAGAUGCAACAGCAACGCCGCCAGACUACUGCCGGUCUGCGCAACACCUCAUACAACAUCGCUGGGGAGUAUGCCAUCGAAGAGCUUGACGACGCUGAGCCUCCGAUCAACCGUCCUGCCCCGGGCCUUACUCGCCGCUUCAGUGAGCACGUCGGUGUUCUGACCCGCGAUCACGAAGUCGAGAUUGUCGACAGCCCUCAGAAGCCGCAGUGGACCACAGGCAACAUCUCACCUGCUGAGAUGGAUCCCCUCGGUCGUCGCCACUCAUUCGCUCACUAUGGCAGCUACAAUUCCGCCAUGCCUCUCUCGACCUUGAGCAACACCCAGGAAGAGGAAGAAGAGUACGUGUCGCCUCGCCAGACCCCGCCAAACAAGGACGACGAGCCCUUUGACGCGUCUGCCUACUUCACCGGCUACGGCCCUGCAUCGCGCGCCAUCAACUCCUCUGCCAUCUCAGCAGCUCACCCAGACCCGGUCGUCCCUAACCCCGCCAUGUCUGCCAACCCCUACGCCGUUCCUCCGAGAAUUGGUAAUCCUACCCGCCGCUUGUUCAUUGUCACCUUCAAGUGCUCGCGUGCCGACAUCUAUUACCUUUACGAUAAUACCGGUCUCGAGAUCCGCCGUGGAGACCUUGUCAUUACCGAGGGCGAUCGCGGAUGUGAUCUGGGUCAGAUCACCCAUGCCGACUUGACCAUGGAGGAGGCUAAGAAGCUCAAGGCCGAGGCGAAUGAGGAGCACUUCCGCUGGCUCGUCAUGUUCUCGCAGUACUCCCUGGCCGGCACUCAGAACGACUCUGGUAUGUUGGGCGCGCUUGCGCGUGCUAAUGGCUUUCCCAACCCCAUGAGCCGUACUCCAGUGACUGCUUCGGGUGAGCCUGAGCCGUUCAAGCCUAAGAUGAUCAAGCGCCUUGCCCAGGCUCACGAGAUCUCUGCGCUUCGCGAGAAGGAGGGUGGAGAGGCCAAAGCCAAGCGCCUUGGAGCUCAGAAGGCUGCCGAUCACAAGCUGCCUAUGGAGAUCCUCGACGCUGAGUAUCAGGCUGAUUACCACAAGUUGACUUACUUCUACUACGCUGAGUCGUAUGUCAACUUCAACGAGCUCGUCACCGACCUAUUCAAGCAGUACAAGGUGCGCAUCUGGAUGUCGGCUGUCAAUCCCGCAUCCGUUAUCAACCCUGCUGGCGGUGCUCAAAUCCCACCCCCUUCGGCCAUCGGACCUGGUGCCAUCAUCAAGAACAGCAAUCAAAACGCCCCUCCCUCUGUUGGCCCAGGCUUUGGCAACAACACGCAUCACACUGCGCAGCAGUACGGUCAAGGUCAAGCGCGCAACCAUGGCAACUAUGGCAACUACGAUGAUGGCUUCCAUGCAUUCUCUCACCAGAUCCCUGCAUACCCCACCCAGCCGUCCUACAACAUGCAGCAGACAUGGGCUCAUGGACAGCAGAUGGGUCGCCAGCAAAUGUAUCCGGGCUACUAUCCCAACGUUACCGCGAGCGGCAGUCCCAUGAACUAUGGAGGCGGAGGCUACUAUCCACCAUCGACCUACGCUUCGUCCUAUGGGGGAGGCUAUGGGACUGCUACGACCACUGCAGGAUACGCUGCUUCGCGAAACUACACAUCCAAUACCGGUCAAUCCUUCGGUGUUCAGCAGCCCUCUCCGUAUACCUCUGGCGCGGGCUACGCCAAUGCCUAUAGCAACGCCUCAUACACCUCAGGUGCUCCUGGCGGUUACUACGGCACAUCAGGUGGACACGGUAAUGGUAACCCUGGCGCCUACAACAGUGCCAACACUGCUACUUCUGGAGGUCGCCCUACCACUGGCACUGACCCUGCCCUACUGAGUGGCAUGCAGAACAUGUCAUUUGGUAACUAG